AGGGGACGCACGCUGCGGCUGCGCCAGAGGCGGCUUCGGCUACGGCUACUUGCUCUACCGAAGGAGAGACGUGGAGAUCUCAAGUCUUCACAGCAUCCAUCGCCCAAAGCUAUCAAGCGGAUUAACCGAAACCACAGCCGCUCACUCAUCAAAACGGACAAACCAAUUAAUAGUACCAAUCAACAUCGGCAGCUUUCAUUACGACACCACCACUCUCGGCACCCUUGCUAGAGCUCUCUCUCUCUCUCUCUCUCUCUCUCUCUCUCUCUCUCUCUCUCUCUCUCUCUCUCUCUCUCCUGUUGUUGAGUCGUACUUAAACGACCCUUGAUUCCCCGACCCUGGACACCCUCCAGCAUGAUGGCUCCUCGUCGUGUAGGUGUAGCCUUCCUGCUUCUAGCACUGAUGUCAGGGUUAUGGCUGGUCGUCGUUUCCGCUGCACCCACGCCUGAGCAACAGCUGCUUGCUGCCAUUUUGAACCCCCGGGUAACGAAGUUCACUCUCAAGUCGGAUGUGCUCCUGACUGCGUCUCUCCCCGACAUCACCCGCCGUUUCGCAGUCGUUGGCAAAUGCCCUCGAGGUCGCCGAUGCGUCAUCGAUGGGCAGAAAAAGUACCGCGCUUUCUGGACCGAAGAGUACGUUGUGAUCUCCCUCAGCAAAUUGCAUUUCAAGAACUUGCGCACGCCCAGCGCCAGCGAUAACGUCCCCAGCAAUCGCACGUUCGGCGUAACUUCCGGCGCCGCCGCCUUCGCGUACAACGGCGUGAUCAGGGCGACCGACUGCGUGUUCGAAAACAACGCGGCGGAAGUUGGCGGCGCAAUCGGCGUGCGCGACGCGCGGAUCAUCGCCAAAAAUUGCGCUUUCCGCGACAACAAGGCCAGCGGCAACGGCGGAGCAAUCAAGGUGGCCAGCAACGGCGGCGCCUACGUGUCGGGGUCCCAGUUUGUGGGCAACACUGCGGGGGGGCUCGGCGGAGCUGUGCAUGGCUAUGAAGGGGGGUUGUACUUCUCUCAGUGCAAAUUCCAGAGUAACAAGGCUGACGGCGCGGAAGGCGGGGGAGCUAUCUUCUUCUCCUACAUCGGGGGAGACGUGUGGAAAUCAGAAUUCACGGGCAAUUCCGCGCCCAAUGGCUCCGGCGGAGCAGUCGGGAUCGACGAUCCGUCCCUCGGGGACAUAGAUUUCUGCCACUGCACUUUUAAAGGGAACACCGCGAAGACACCUGGCAGCGAGAAUGUGAACAUUGUCCCCUCCGACUUUCUUGCCAACGUAGAUAACGGAGUGUGUCCUGACGAUGCUUCACUGGGGGAGGUUGUAGAGGGGCCAGAUGGUAAACGCUUCGUAGUAAAUGGGCAAGUCAACGCGGUGAAGGAUGCAUGGUUGAAAGAUCAUACGGUGAUAGUAACUUUUCAAGGAGAAGCAAUAAAUUUGUCAAGACAAGUGAAGGAGGAUCUAAUCAGGGCUUAUGGAGACGGUUGGUUUGCGAAGAGGAUUUUCGGUCUAGAUGCAGAGCGGGGAAGAGUGAAAUUUGAAGGCGCAAACGUAGUUUCAUACGUAGCAAGGUCAGAGCAGAUUGCGACGUGGUUGCUACAACAGAAGGAACUAAGGAUCAAGCUCCAAGAAUCGGAGGAGUAUAUUGUGUCCUUUAAACCAUGGCUUCCUCUUCAAGAGCUCAGAGAAGUCAGACUUCAAGAAGCAGAAAUGAAAUUUUGGAUCAUGGCCCUGCGUGUUCCCCUUGAUGCUUACUAUUAUUUAAGAAGUGCAGUACAAGGGAUUUUUGGCGAUGUCCUACAUAUGCACCCACCAGAAUUUGACAGCACAAGGCCAAAACUGAUGAAGGUGAAACUGGACAUGCCACCGGAGGUGCGCGACAAGGUGGAAGACAUGUUAGUUAUUGAAGGCCCGACUGGGGAGAUGUGGAGAGUGGAGAUUGCCACGCCAUACACAGACUGGUGCAGGUUUUACCUGCUUCUCCAAUCUCCAUCACAACAGGCAGAGGAUAACCCGACGCCGUUUAGAUUACCUGCUGGUGUCGGAUCAAGUGCUGCCCAGCUUAGUAUCGUGAGAGAAGUAUCGGAGAGCGUGUGGAAGGCUGUCAAGAGGCUGGUGGCUCGGUUUAUUUGGAAACCGAAUGCGAAGGAGGGGGAAGGUUUUCUGGUGAAAGUGGCUUGGGAACUCCUUACCUUCCCACGCUGUGAGGGAGGGUUGAACCUGGUCGAUCCGGCGAAGAAGAAUCAAGCACAACUCAGUUUGUGGGUUGCUAAAGUUGCAAGCGCCCUAGUGAAGGAGCACUGGAUAGAACUGGCGGAACAGAUAUUGAUGAGAGAAUGGGGCCUAAGUCGCGCACAGGACGUGUGGUGCUGCCUGUUCAUCCCCUCUUUCCAAAGGAAGAGAGUGAAGUCACGGUUUUGGAAGGAAGUCCUUAAGGCUUGGAGCAACCUUCCACCAGACACAAGCACCAAACCACAGACAAAGGAGGAAGUACAGACCCAAUUACUCUUCGAGAACCCCCAGAUUGUUGACAAGGGCGGGAACCAGUUCGAGGCCGAUGCGUUGGCAGGUUCGUUUGGGUUGGCCUGGAUUCGUAAAGGCAUAGUCACCAUUGGGGACCUGUGGAACCACUUAUUGGGGUCGUGGAGGCGGCUAGAAGACGUGCAGGAGAUCCUCAUCCCACUGAGAAACAUCGAACCGCACCUGCAACAGAUAUUGGAAGCCAUUCCGAUAGAAUGGCGUGAGCUGCUAGGCCCGGAGGGCAUUGACCCAGUGGGCACCUGGUACUGUGCAAAUGGUGAGGACGCGGAUGAAGUGUGGGAAAUGCUUGAAAUUCUGCCUAGUGGCUUCAGGAGAGUUCGAAGAUGGAAGUGCCAGCGAACAUCAAACGAGUUAGUGGCCAGCAACGAAGAGAUCAUCAAGACCUGGAGCAAUCCCCCACAGGCAAGGAUAGUGGGUAAAGGAGGCACAGUGGAAGAGCGGAAGAAGUGGACAUGGGUGGGCCAUUCACCGCUGAGGAAACUCUGUAUCGACCCAGCAGCUUGGAGCUGGGCUACAGAAGACGUAAAGCAACCCCAACUACCUCUAUCUGAUUACUCGGUUGCAAAGGGUUAUAACAUGAGACUGAAAACCGGGAAUAGAAGAUCACCGGCUCAGGUGGCAAUCAGCAGGUGGCAGGCAGUUAUCUCAGAAGAUCUGUCGGAGGCUGGACCGUCAUUUCAGGCCCUGUGGGAGUCGUUGACAUAUCUCCCGAACGGCAAGCAGGUUGCGAUACUGUGGCAAAUGUCGUUGGUGGUAACACCCUCAGCGGUCUGGCUCGUCAGCAGAGGAAUGCAAGUAGAACUAAAGUGCCCCCGUUGCAACUGGCCAUUCGAAUCCACGAGACACCUCUGGUGGGAGUGCCCUGCAUCUCGAAGAGUUUGGAAGUGGUGGAAACUCCACUGGCAGCGAUUUGGGGACCCAGUGGUCGACUGGGAGGAGAAAUGGGUCCUCCUGGGGUUCCUCCCAGCAGGAGUACACAGGAACCGGGGAUGGCCCUACAUUGCGCAGGUAGUAAGGGGGCUUCUCUGCGAGAUUAUUUGGAAAGACAGGAAUAGGGCAAGAUUCGAGAGAAGGCCCUUCUCAGAUGUGGAGAUAAAAAAGGCAGUGAGACAGGGGCUGAGGGAAGCGAUCAGAGUGGACUGGAGGAAAAGAGCAAAGGCCGGUAAGAUUCAUGAUCCGGCAGUACCCUUGGAGCGACGCGUGGUCCUGUAGUACCCAACGGCGAGUUUCAGGCGCCCAAAACCGAAUAGUUUUUUUUUUUUUUUUUUUCCAGCUUAUAUUAUAAUGUAAUCAAAUGAGGCCGGGAAU